AUAUGCAUUGCCUCAUUUACCUUAGUUAAAAACUUAAAAUUUACAAACCUAAGAGAAAUAUAUAUCAUCUACUCUGAUACUCUGACUAAGAUAUCUUGAUCAUAUAUGAGCUUCUUUAUAUAAUCAACAAAUAAUUUCCACUUGCAGCUUCAAACCAAAUAAAAUUAAUUACCACAUUGCUCUUUAAUUCAAGGUCUUAGACUUCAGGAGUUAUAUCUUCAAAACCAAACAAAAAAGUUGCCAAUUAUUUAAAAUCAGUUUACAAAUAACAUUCUACAACAAGUGCUAACCAAAAAAAAAAAAAAAAAAAAAAAAAAAAAAAAAAAAAAAAAAAAAAAAAAAAAAAAAAAAAAAAAAAAAACAAAGGGUUAAGUUGCCAAAAGAGAAUACAGGGGCCAGUCGACAAAAGUUAAAAAGUUAAAGGGCUCCACUGCAUUUUCCUCCUUUUUUAAGUACUAUAUUAUUCAUUUCAUUUCAUGGCGUUCCCUCCAUCUUCAGAAUAAUAACCCGCCAAAGAUUGAAAUUGCGUAUCACUAUUGUUAGUUUGGGGAAUUGGAAUUGGAAUUGGGAAGAGAAAAAUUCAAAACAGAUGCCAUUAUUGAGCUCAAUGGAGUGCGAUUACCCAUUAAUCGACUCCAAUUUCCGCGACUUCUGUGCUUCUCACGUCAUUUAUUCAGUUGAAGAUUUUCUUCUACGUGAUCUUUACGUAUUAGUGAUUUCAACCGAACAGCAUCAUAAUUCGGAGAGAUUGAAGGAGGGCAUCACUCAAGUUCUGACUAUCAUUAAUGGUCAGCAUCAACCAUGGGUAAAUGGUCAGGAGUUGUUGGAUGAUGCUUUACAAAAUAAAAGCUCCUUACCUACUGGAUGUAGAAGAAUAGAUGUGUUUCUUCAUGGUGGAUUAAAGAAGGGACAUCUGAGUGAGCUAGUUGGCCCGUCAUCCUCUGGUAAAACACAAAUUUGCUUACGAGCUGCUUCAAGAGUUGCAAAAGGCUGGGGCAAAAUCAUUUUCUUGGACUCUGGAAAUUCUUUCUCUUCAAAACGUGUUGCUCAAUUUGUCACUCAGACAUCAGAUUCUUCUGCUUAUGAGGUCAAACAUGUUUCUAGCCUUUUGGAUUAA